UAAAAAUCCUCUGGUGGGCCAGUGGUAAGUUUAUGGACUUACAAUGCUAAAAUCUGGGGUUCUGUUCCCCAUGGGGGAUAAAGUAUAGCUUAGUACUAAGAAAAUAACAUAUAAUUAGAAUUAAAAUUUAACGUGAUUCUGAUAGUAUGUAUUUAUUUCAAAUAUCAAGUCUUUCAAGCUAACAACUAGUGUUUAUGUUCCAUAAGUAAGGUAUACUUUAUUUUUUCUUUAGUAUUACUUUCAUUAACAGUAUUGGUUAGUGUUUAAUAUAUCCAGUUGUGUUGUUAUACCUUUAUUAUAGAGAUUGUUUUGAACUGUUAGCUCACUAUAUGGAUUUAGGCCUAACUUAAAUCUUCUAAUAUGUCUGGACCUUGUAAAAUGUUAUUGAGUUUGUGAACGAAAGAAACAUUAACAGGAAGGGAAUCCAACUGAUGAAAAAAUUCAUUCUAAUCUUUUAAGUAAGAAUGUAAGGAAAUAAAUAGUCAAAUUAUCUUUGGCAUUGUUGAGGUAAUAUUGAAACUAUAAAGGCAUUGAAAAACACAUGACUAUAAUAUGUUGUUAGACAUGCUGUGUUGCAUAACAGUAAAGCAGAAUUAUGUCUUGUCUCUACUGCCUUUCUUAGCUAUUGAUGUUAGGAAUUAAUGUAACUUUGAGACCUUUAUUAUUUCUCCCUAAUUUCAAAUACAUAUUUCAUGGAACAUUUGGGCUUCAAUGCAUGUUUAUUACAGUGUUCUACUUGAAAUGAUUAUUUAUACUAUACAUUUAUUUUUGGUUGCCAGACAUUGUCUUGUUAAAAUAACAUGAAUUAUUUAUUUUUAUAAAAUAUGUUUAAGUUAGUUUUUUACAACCUCAGAGUGUUGAUCUAAAACAGUGUGAUACUGUAUUCUUGGGGAAUAUAGCAUUUUCAAAAUUAAAGAAACUUGACCCCUGUAUUUUGGCAAAGUGUGUGAAAUCCCAUGAAUAUCAGCAAAUAAAGUGUUUUAAAGAUACAAGUUUCCAAAAGGUUAAAAUAUUGACUAUACUAAAGAAACAGUAAACUACCAUAAGAGUUUGUUACUAACCAUUGAAGAUGUAAGAGCUCAGGAUACCUACAUACUUUUAUAUUUGUUAUUUUGUCAUUAAGCUUAGGUACUAUUGACAGUAGUUCUGUAUUAUUUAUUGCAGUUGCCAGUAAAGAAUCUUCAUAUAACGUCUGAGAUGGGAGGUAGAGUAGUGAAUUGUGAAAAUGGAAUUCCUUACCCAUUAAUGAAUGUUUCAUCUACUCACACAUUUAAUCAAAACUUGGACAGAAGCAUUUCCGGUACGUACCUUCAAAAACAAGGUAUUAAUGGGAGAGGACAAGGAGCUUAUCCACUUCAAAGGUUGAUACCAGUGACUGGAGACUAUUAUCACAACAAUGCUGGGAGAGGGCGGGUAUACAGAGUUCAGGAAACCCAAGGAUUAGGAGAGGGUUAUUUUCAUUCAAGGAUGAAACAGAUUCCUGUAAUAGAUUAUGAUCAUGCAAGCUUAAGCACAGCAGAUUGUUAUAAAGGUCCAGAAACCUAUUUAGAAAAAAUGGAUCCUGGUAUUAUGAAAGUAUACAAGAAGAUUGCAUCAACAGAUGAUGGAACAUUUGGAGAACCGUACAAUAGUAUUAAUGCAUGUAUAGCAUGUGGGCUGUCAGGUGAAUUUCGCUGCUCUCGUUGUAAGACCUGGUACUGCUCAAAAAAUUGCCAAAUUGUGGACUGGCCUCUUCAUAGACUUGAUUGCAGAAAUGUUGAAGGAAAUGAUGACUCUUCAAGUGUAAAAUCAUCAGAAAGCUGUUCCAGAAGAAACUUUCAAAGUCAAACAUCUGACACAAAGGACAAAAAAAAACCCAGCACAUUCAGGAAAAGGACAGAAAUCAGAAAAUAAUUGAAAAACCACAUCAUGUUGGUGACAGAAGAAAACAAAAAAGUGGAAGGAAUCAAAGUUCUUUGAAAAGCAACAGAGAAGAUUUAUAUCACCUUAGAACAUUUGGUGCUUCAAAGCAGCAGCAGCUACCAUUGAAAAAAGGAAAUGAUAAAGAUCAAGCUAGCAGAAGUCUUGAUAGAUCUGAGGUCAACAAAGGACCAGUAUCAAGCAAAAAUUUUAAAGGUUCAUCAAUUCAGCAAAAUAAUAAAGGCAACAAACAGAAAAAUAAUAUGAGUGACAAGGAGAAUGAUAAAGCUUUCAAAAAAAAUAAUAAAAAUGACAGAGGUAAUGAUAAGGAUUCGUUGAAAAGUUGUGACUUGAGUGAAAAGGAAGACUCAGGUUUAAAAACCAAAAAGAAUUUGAAUAUUUAUUAUAAUGCAACUAAACAUAUACAAAAUAUGGAAUCAACAAGGAAGGAGGAAGCCACGGAUUCUGAAAUGCUUGCAUCUAAAGAUGGAACAUUUUUGACAGUGACUGACGUGGAGUCCAAUGGUACUUCAGAGUCUGUAUCACAGGGACAUCAUACUAAUGUCAGAGCUACUUGUAACUCAACAUCAUGUGAUGAAAGUUCUGGAAGUUCAUCACCAGCUCGUAAGGCAACUGAUAUGAUCAUGGCUACACUCAGUUUGAAUUCUUCAGAUAAGGUAAUAAUCUGUAAUGGAUUUGGGCCUAGUGAGUUUUGGGUGCAGAAGUGUGAGGAACAACAAUCUCUUAUAUCACUGACUGAAAAACUACAAGAAACAUGCACAUAUGACAAAACUUUAGAUUAUAAAAACUUCAGUCCUGCCAAAGGAGAUCUGUGUGCUGCAUUGUUUCAGGAAGAUAAAACAUGGUAUCGAGCUCGCAUUGGCAGAGUUUUGAAAAAAGGUAUUUAUUCUGUGUAUUUCCUGGAUUAUGGUAAUACAGAUUAUUGUUGCAAAAACGACUUAAAGCCUCUUCCUGCAGAAUUAGCCAAGGUACCUGCCCAAGCUAUCAAGUGUUGUUUGCCAAAUAUUGUACCAGUUGGUGAUGCUGAUACAUGGAGUGAUGAUGUUGUAACAACUUUUGCAACACUAGUGAAUGGAAACUCUUUCCACAUAGAGUUGAUUCAAAUCACCCCAAGUGGUAUAUCUGAAAUUGAAUUGAUUGAUCAGCAUGGGAACAAAGUGUCAGACCUGUUAUUGAUGGGAAAACUUGCCAUGAGAAAACCAAGUGUGACAGGACCUCCAAAGCCUGAUGCACCAGCAGUUGAAGCAAAUAUUCCUGAAGAAACCCAAGAAGCUACUGAAAUAUUACCUAGUGUUCCUUAUGGUACAGUCAUAGAAAAAUUGAAGUUAGGGCAAGUUGUACAAUUGAUUAUUACUGUGGUAGAUACCGAAAAGAAAGAAAUGUGGUUGGCAAUUGUAGAUGAAGAAGUUGUACAAGCUGUUUGUGAAGUGCAAGAGGAACUUGCAAAUGAAUACCUUGUAUCAUCAGGCGACCCAAACUACAGCCCAGUAGCUGGUGAGAUCAUUGGAACUCAGUCUCCAUCUGAUGAUGUAUGGUAUAGAGCAUAUGUGUUAUCCAUACAAAAUGGUACGUUGCUUGUAAGAUAUAUAGAUUAUGGAAAUGAAGAAACUACUACUAAGUCAGUUCCUUUAAAGCCAGAACAAAAAAAGUGCCCUAGUUUUGCUGCAAGAUGCACUGUUAGUAAUAUUUCUGAUGAUUUUACGGAUGAACAACUGAAAGAGCUUUGGAUUCCAAAUCAGGCGUUGACUGCCUCAGUUAAAAGUCUUGAAAAAGCAAAAGUGACAUUUGAGAUUACAAAUGAUAGUGGGAACUGUAUUUGCUUCUUAGAAGGUGAACCUUGGUACUAUGACAUUUUGAUAGGCCAAACUACUUUAAUUACAAAAAAUGAGACUACCUCUUCAGAAUCACUGAUUGCUAGUCAUCCAGUAAAAAAUCAGUCAAUCUGUGAAAAUCUUGGGGAGCAUUUCAAUCCAAACUUUCCUUCAGUCACCCAAGUAUCAUCCAAAGUCAUGGCAGUUUCAUCUGUUGCCAAACCUACAAUAAUAUCUCCAAAAAAUAAGUGGAUAAAACGAGAGAACAUGAAAGAACAAAUUGUGUCUGGAUGGGAUCAGUCUGAAAUUCAGGUUGUGUGGAUUGAUCCUGAAAAUUCUUUCUAUGUUCAUAAGUUCUCUGAUGCUCCACAUUUACAAAAGAUGAUGCAGAAGCUUAACCAACACUGCAAUUCGAUAUCAUUACGAAGCACCAGUAUUCCUGUGGAUGUAGUAGUUUCUGCUAAGUUUAAAGAAGAUCAACAAUGGUACAGAGCAUCUGUUACUAAAAGAAAAGAUUCUUCACAUAUUGUACAUUUUCUAGACUAUGGCAACUCGGAUGAGGUAGCUGAAAGUGAUAUUUGUGAUCUUCCAGAAGAGUUUGGUAAUGUCCCAGUUUUUUGCAUUAAAGUGAAAUUGGAUGAUGUUCCUGAUAGUGUAAUGACAGCUGAUGUGAAGUCUGCCUUAACUAGCCAGUUGUGGAUUAUGAAAAUCAAUGAUUCUAAAACUGAACCAGUAACAGUGGAACUUCUGGAUUCUGAAGGAGAAAGCUUGAAUAAACUACUUCGUUCCAUAGAAAUUGGCAGUAAUAAUAUCGAGAAAUCUCAGGAAAUUAACCUGCAGAGCAAACUUCCAGAAGCCAAUGUUUUGGAGAAAGAGACUACCGAGGAUCAGCAAAAAAUAAGUUUAGCUGCAAAAGGUGACUCGAUACCAGAACAGAAAGAACCAGUUUUCACUCAAGAAGAAAGGAAGUUCUAUUUUACUGAUUGUUCAUUUAUUGACCUGCCUGUUGGAAAAACUGUUCAGUUAGCAGUGAGCAGUGUUACCUCCCACGAUGUUAUGUUUUUCCAGCCUAUAGAAGAAGAAGUUGUAACGAAGCUCAAGGAGAUAAUGCAGAAAGUGAAUGAACACUGUGAUAGUCUGCCUGAUGAUGGUUAUGUACCAGAGACUUGUGAGAUGUGCCUUGCUAAAUUUAUUGAUGGUCUCUGGUAUCGGGCAGUUGCUUUGCGACCUGGUGAAAGUGAAGUGUAUAUUUUGUUUGCUGAUUUCGGAAACACUGAGAUGGUUGCCACAAGUAACAUUCGCUGUAUUUUUCCAGAGAUAAUGAAUUAUCCUGUGAUAGCUCAACACUGCAUGUUACAAGACUUCCCAACUGACAUGGAGUGGACUGAUGAAAAAUUGCAAGAACUAAAGAGAUUAUUACCAGAAUCUGAAGUCAUUAAUGCCACUAUUCUAGAAAAAUCCCCUGAUGGUUAUUAUAUUAUAGACAUUCCAAGUGUCCGAGAAUAUUUCAUCAAGAAAGGCCUUGACACACGAGUAAUGACCAUCUUGUCAGAAAUCUGAUGUUUGAGAGAGGAUUUAUCCAUUAUCAAAAGGUACAUACAUUUUUCUUAACUGCAUUCUUCAUAUGUUGUAACUAUCUACAAUUAUUGUAAGUUGCAUAGAAUCAAGUGAAAUAGUAUAACAAGCCAAUUAUCAAAAGUCAGUUAAAAAAAAAGGUGCCUUUUCUUCUGAAUCUGCUGUUUUCUACCUGACCACUAAGUUGAUGUGGAAAGUGAAGUUAUUUAGGUCAAGAUCUACUACACUUAUCAGUUGGAGGGAAGUGCAGCUGGUUGUUUACAAUGUGGAAACAAAAAUACCUGUUGUAUUUAGAAGUGCAUGUAAAUUUUAUGAACUUCAUGUAAUUUUCUACGAGAUAUGUGAUUUAAAAGAAAAUCAGCCUUCAUAGGUUACAGUUGGCAUCAAGUUUAUUUUGAGUUUAGAUUCUCGUUACUGUUACUUAGUAUAUUAUUAAAGAAGUGACUGUUUCAUGAAAAACUACAUAUAAUAUGGAUCUCAUCUAACUGAACCAUAACACAAUCAAAACUUAUAAAACCUCCAUCACCAUUUUUUAUUUUAUGAGUAGAAAUAAAAUGGUUUUCCAACAGUCAGCACUUCCAACUCCUAAAUGUACUAUUACAUUUUUUAUAUUUUGUAAGAAGCAUUGAUAAGCUUCAAUCUUAUGUUAUUUUUGUUUCUUUAAAGUGAUCUAUUUUCUGUGAGAAGUUAAAACUAUGAAAAAGCAGGAUUCAAAUAUAUGUUCCUGCUUGCAGAGACUAUGUUGUAACCACUCGUACUGUCAGAUCUUGAAUGCUGCAUGCUUCAGUCUUCACUUCCUUGGUUUUGUCAGGUCUAAGGUAAAUUAAUUGACUGUGUAAAAUAAGAAGAAUCAGGAUAUGUGUCUUUAUACAUGUCAUUAAAACGGAUGCAUAAACAUGUUGCUUUCUGUGGUUACUACAGUGCUGGAAAGACCAGAGCAAGCAAAGUUAGAACAUCUGAUCCAUGAACACCAGCAGGUUAUAGAAGCACUGCAGAAACAGCUAAAGCAGUCUUAUGGAUCCUUUGGUUCUGUAAAGUAACUACUGUAUAAUUCAGAAGCUAACAUACUAAGGAUCAGACACAACGUGAUUCUCUCUCUCUCUCUGAAACAAGAAAAGAUCUAAGAAACUACUCUAAGUAUAAAUCAUGAUAUUCUACUUUGAUUUCUGAUUAUAUGGUACUAUUCAAAGUAAGCUGUACAUUUUCAACUGCUACUAACUGUAUUAAUAUUGUGUUAGACAGAAAGAAGAAACAGAUAACUUGUACUUUUAUUAAAAUGUUGGCUUAGAAGUUUUUUCUUGUAAUAAUGAAAUUUGAACUUCUGUGUGAAGUCUUUUUAUAAUGCUGCAAAAGGAAAUGGUUACUUUUUGAAAAAACAAUCAAGCUCUGAAUAUGUGAAGUAAGGAAAGAAUAAACUUGAGUUAAAACGACUGAUAUAACAGAUUUCAUUAGACUUUAAUACUUAAGACUUUGUACUUCAUGAAAACAAGGUCUCAGUCUUCACAGAAAUGUCCAGUCAUAGAUAAUAGAAUAUGAAUUAGCUGUUUAUAGUUAAAAGAAUUUCCAAAAAUCGUUUAUAAUGAUUGCUAUAAGUGGUCCAAUUUCCCAUUAUAUAUGAUUAGUGAAUACUGCUUGUUAAACUUAGUUUGUGUUAUGGUGCCAGAACAUUAACUCAGAAUGAGGUAUAAAGUGUAUUAUUUCCUUCUUGAUUUGCUUGUCCUAUAAAACACUAAGUUUGGGUCAGUUUUCCAAAAUGUUCACUUCUGGUUUUUUUCAGUGAUACUUUCUCCUGUUUAAAAAAUAUAAAAGCAUACAAAAGGUAUAUAUUUAUUUCAUAUAAUUUUAAAAUGUGUUUACAUUUCUAAUUUAUUAUAAGGUGUAAAAAAUUCUGCUUUAUUAAGUCAACAUUAUCUGGUUUAGGUAAAAUUGAGUUCUAACAGAAACAAGCAUAGUUUUCAGCACUCGCAUUCCUGUCACUGUCCUACAGAUUUUACAUUUCUUACUUUAAAUUUCAUAAAACUAUUCAAAUUACUGGAGUACUUUUGUACUAGUUAGGUUGGGUAUGUAAUAGAAUAUCUUCAUUAUUAUUUAAAAUUAAUAUUUGCUUAUUUUCGUAAUAACCCUGUUAGUAGAGCUGUGUUUUACUAUAAAUUAGCAGAGAUGUACACUGCCUAGCCGCUAAGUUUGGAACAAUCUUUAUUUCGUAGUUGUAGUAACACCUUUGAUCCUGGAUAACAUAGAUUCCACAAAAUAUCUGAAUGUAUCUAGAGCAGCUGUGUCCAAUAGGAUUACGAUGCUAACCAAAUUUGUGGCAAUCAAAUAACCAUAUUUACCACAAACUAUAUGCAAUGUUAAUACAACAAAUAUACUGUCUUUUACCAGUAGUAUGUAUGUAUUGAGAAAAUAAAUAUAGAAUAAUAGUCAAAUACUGUAUUUAUUAUUGCAAAUUGAAAUGUUCAGUGUGAUACUCUGCAAUGUUUUUCUUUCACCAAUGUCCUGUAAUUGGGUAGAAACUUUUUGCAGACUGAACAUCACAACUCUGCCCCUCUCCAGAUUCACAUCCAUAUCUGCAACUGAUACUUUGGCUUCAUGAUAGUUACUGCAGGAAAAGAGGAUUCGCAGAGCCAUGUUGAGCCAAACAUCAAAAACAGCUUUUCGAUGCUUGAGUGGAGAACCAUAAACUCAUUUUCCUUUAAAAGCUGACAUCACAGCUUUAAGAAGAUUUAUCUGGCUUUGUAGCAAAAGCAAAUCUUUGAAACCAUACCUGUCCAGAGAGGGCAGAUUGACAAGCCCAUUUUCAGUCAGUAGACUGAAAAAUCCAGAUUUUUGUCCAAUCAUCACAGAGUUACCAUAUGUCAUGACUGAAUCUAACUUCUUCAAAUCGAAUUCAGACUUUUCCAUAACACCUUUGAAAAUGUCAAGACUGUUGAUGCCAUGAGCAUGGUCCUUUAGUUGUCAAAUUGCCGGCAUUUAUUCAUGAAUCUCCAAACCUUUGUAAAUGAAAAGAAUCCGGAAAACAAGUGUGCAGUGUCUUGGAUGAUGCAUGACUUAUCCAAUGUUCUUCAAUUGUGCACGCAGUUGUGCUUCAAGAUUUUACGAAUAAUUGUGCAAUCAAUGAGCAUCCAUCUGGGACUCAACUAGAGGUUUUGAACCUUCUGCAUGAUGUUGUUUUUGGUCUUUGGUUCAUAAUUUUUCAGCAAAUCUUCCAUAGUUGUACAGAUGAUUUCUUUCACCAUUUGAAAAUGGUUUGUGUUUUCAAGCCAGAAUCCUUGUUGCUUUAUAGCUAGCCCAAGUCACCAACUCACAUGACAAAAGAAAUUGUUUCAAAUUCUGCUGCUGCUGAUUCAAAUUUGACUUCAGACAAGUGAUUUCAUUGGCUCGAUUUUGAUCACAAAGAGGAGACUUCCUAUCAAACUUCUUGUGUAUACUUUGGAAAUACUUUAUCAAACUGUUCACCUUGUUUUUAUUGAACAUUGUUUUACACAAUGGUUUUUCAUUCCAACUCCUAUUCGUUGUGAAAUUUAUGCCUGAUUUUAUUCCAAUCUCUCUGUCUUCGCUGCAAUUUCUGCUGAAAUGCAGGCUUUUUCAUCGUCAGUUGGGUCAGCUCCUCUUUUGGGUUCACUUGCCAUUUUCUGAUAACAAAUGUGUAUCCAUGUCUGAAACCAGGGAAAAAUAUAUUUCGGUAAAUAACCUUCAAAAUCCUGGAAAACAUUUUCCAUACAAAAAACACCAACAUAAAUAUUAAUGCAAAAACAGAGCAUCAAUUUGCCAUGUGUGGUGAGUGGCGUACGUAUUGGAUAACAUUGAUCUGGAGUAAAGAAUGACCUGGUAUCCAUAUUGUAGCCCUCUUAUAUAUAUUAAACAGCAUGAAUCAGGAUUUAUCCUACCAGUCCACUCCUCUUUCUGUCUUCAGUCAUCACAACAAUUGCAUUGUCUUGUUGCCUACAAUCAAUGUUUUGCAGGUUGAUAUGGUUGAAGUACACCCCACAUUAAAAGAAUUCAUCACUUGUUUAACAGUCAGUCUUGGCCUCUGAUACCAGUUUUGUUUGCCUACAUUCAGUUCUAUUAGCAAAUGUUUUUUUUCACACACCAACCAGUCCUGAUGUACUCAGGACAUGCUAGUCUUUGAAAUACCAGUUGGUUGAACUGCAUUAGAAAUAUUCACCUGAGAAUCAUGCCUCAUUUGGUACUCCCACAUAUUUUUGCCUACAACCAUUAUAAGUACAAUUGGAUUGAACAUUGUUGUAGAAGUUGUUUUAUAUACCACCUGUGAUCAUUUGUGAUCACUGUAUUGUUGAUGUAACUUGCACAACUUACUGUGUAGAAAAGCAUGAUAAUAAGGCAGGAGGUUUUCAAUAAAGUGGUCAGGCAGUGUAAGUUUAGAGUUAAGUGAAAAGCUUAUCUUCAAAUAUGACUAUAUGUUCCUUUUUAAAUAUAAUUUUUCAUGAAUGGUCUAUCAUUUUUGUUAUUAAGUGUAUUAAACACAUUUUGACCUAAAACUAAUAUUUUAUUAUUUACUGAUACUUUUUGUAAAAUGAAGAGUAAAAAUCACUUUCAAUAGAUGUAGAUUCGUUACUUACUUAUUUUUCUAUGUAAGCAACACAGUAUUGCUGUAGUACUGUAAAGAGUAGUUAUGGAAGGUGUAGGUAACUGUCAGUCUAAUAAUAUAAACUGUUUGAGGAAGGUUUUCAAUAUUAUUGCCAUUGAUUUAACCUGGGUUGGUGAGAACUGCUACUUUAUAGAAACUUAUAAUCACCUAACUAUAACAUGGGUUAUAGUAAUUUAAGCCAGUGAGUUGUGUAAUUCUAAUUUUGCUUCUUUUGUCAUUUAGGAAGUGUAAAAGUUUAAUAUCAAAUAUAUUUUAUUAUUAGGUCAAAUGUGAAAUUGUUUGCAAAUUAUUUUAAGCCCAAGCACCAGUGGCUACUCUGAGUAAGAAUUGAUGAACAAUUUUGUGUCUGUACUAAAUUUCACAAAGAUCAUAUUAUAGACAGAUAUUCUAGUUUUUCUUUUAAAACUGUGGAGUAAUUAUGGUUACAAUCUGAUAAAGGGAUUUUGAAUUAGCACCAAAACAUAAUGAUGAACACCACAAGGCCCCCAGAUUUCUUCCCACACCAUGAUUAACCCUUUCUCAACUGGGAGUGUGGCAUUGAUAUCCCUUGAUUUUUUUUACCUUUUCUCAGUGGAAAUACUCAAAAAAAUAGGACAGACAUACUCAAUAGCAAUAUGCAUAUGUGUAAGAAGGGUCCUAAUAAGUUGUUCAGUCAUUAUAACUUUUAAAACUUCCAUGAUCAAACAAGAAAAAAUUGUAAGUAUUGCCUAUUCUUGUUUACCUUUAUGCUUUUUCUCUUCUUUAUAUAACUUCAAAUAGAAAAUAUUUUGCAGAACAACAGCAAAAAGUUUUCAUGUACACAGUUUAUGUCUCAAAGUACAGCUUAUCUUAUCUGAAGUGUUUAAUUUGAAUAUAGCCAAGGUCACGCUAGCUGCCUUAAGCAUUGGUAAAAGGUUUCUUCCCAAACUUUCAUCACAUGAUGUUGACAUAAAAGUAGCUCUCGCAUUAGUAUCAUGCCCCUAUUUAAGGAUUCCAACUAUUAUUUAUAAUUACUAAACUAAUGAAGACAUACUUAUAUUUUUAAGGGGAGGAAUACAAUCUAAACCAGUCCAUUCUUUAAUGCGUAUGACUAGAUCUUUAAGAUAUGAAAUUUUCGACUGUAGUAGAAAAUACUACAAGAACUGAUUAUACAUUUAAUUAAUUCCACUGAUUAACUUUCUUCUAAACUUCAGUAUUUAGUGCCAGUGUCAAGUUGUGCCCCCCCCCAUGUAUAGCAAAAUAUAUAAUUAUCAGAAAAGUUCAAAAUCCAAAUCUAUUGAUUUCAUUUGAUCUGAAUCAAGACAUUAACAAUUGUAAGUAUCAAUUGUUCUACAGCUUUUAGUGGAUCUGGAGAGAUAGUACAGUCGACAUAUUUUAAUUAAACUGUGCAGUAAGGUUUGUAGGAUAAGCUGCUGAGACAAAACUUUACUUUUAAUACUUUGAGUUUGGGAAACAUGCAAACAAGUUUCUUGAGAUCAUUAUCAUUUUUGCCUCCAAAAGAUGUGUUGUUUCAUAGUUUAUACACCAAUUUUGUCACCCUUGUUCACCUAGUGCAUGCAUCGGCCCUGACAGUAUUAUGAUGUACUAGCAGAGACCUACAAAACAUUUGCGGCCAAAUUAAUAUCUUUAUCGCAAUAGUACUUCUUCAAAUAUAAAAUUUCUAGCACAACACAAAUGAAUUGUAAUAGUAGACAAUGAAAUGUGUAAAUCCACUUGUAUAUAGGCCGUACUUUAUAAAACUUUAACUUAUGUUAGGCCUAAGUUUGAAAAAGAGAUAAAUUAACACUUUAACCUG